AUGAGCCAAAACGGUUCCACUGUCGCGUGGAUCGGCGACAGCCAAGGGAUUCUGCAAAAGGUUUUGUUGCAGGGCGACCAACCACGGUUGCUGGCACCAUUGGAUGUGUCGAAGUUCGGACGCGAGAUUUCCAGAAGCAGUGCCCUGGACAGCGACGGCGCGUACGGUUAUUUCCUCAUCGGCCACAAGGUUGCACGGAUUCCGGUUGGCUCGUGCAAAAUAUACGAAACCUGCUCUCAGUGCAUAAAGAACCAGGAAGACCCGCUGCGGUGUGGAUGGUGCGGAGACCGCUGUGCCCACUUCGCCGAAUGUCCCGAUCGAGAAAAGUUUACCGUUGAACGCUGCCCAAUGGAGCUGGAGCGGGUAUAUCCGCUGAACGGACCUGUGUCCGGUGGAACUGUCAUCACGAUACUGGGUGACAACUUGGGCUCGCCUGAGCGCAAGCCUUACAGCAGUAUCGAGAUAUUAAUCGGCAACCGCACCUGUGACAUCGUCUUCUGGGUUUCGAAACAAGUGAAAUGCCGAACGCCCCCCGUGCAGCGCACCUCAAAAGUAGACAUUGUGAUAAGCGUAAAUGACAUUUUCAGCAACGCCGGCAAAAGUUACCAUGUUUCGCAAAAUCACACGGUUCCUUCUGGCUUCGAAUACAAGGUUGUGUCGUUCGAUGGAGUGGCACCUACUUAUGGACCAGUAGCUGGAGGAACUAACAUUUCUUUGAGCGGAGUUAACCUAGACAUUGGCUUAGAGCAGGUAGUGAAAAUCGGCAGAAGCUUAUGCGGAAUAAGAAGAGUGGAAAAUAAGUUUCUUCAUUGUUCAACGAGCUCCGUAAGCCCUAGAUCGCUUCAAAAGAUGCAAGUCAGGCUGGUUAUAGAUGGCGCUGAGGUUCCUUUCACUACGUCGGAUGGCCGACGCCCAACAUUCACUUACAUGCCGAACCCAGUGAUCGACAACAUCUCUCCAUCCAAUGCAACUUUCAGCGAGAACUUCACCCUUGUGGCGAACGGUGUCUUUCUGGACAGCGCCGCAGCUCCAAAGAUAGUAGUUCGAGUGGAUUCUCUCAACUUCAAGAAAAGACAGAUCUUAGUGAAGGACUGUCGCGUGUUGAUGGGAGGCCGCAAGAUGCUGUGUCCCGGACCGUCUCUGCUGCAGUUCUCAGUGAUCACCGGAGACGAACUGCGGAAUCACCGGUUUCGCGUGCCGGCGUUGAUUAGCUUCCACAUGGACGGCCUACGUCUGCCACCUGACCGCCUCGGCAAAGCGGGCUACUUCAGUUUCUACUACUUGCCGACGCCCGAAAUGGACAGCUACAUAGAGCCGGAAGUCACGACCAGCAUCUCGCUUACCACUGCGGUAAGCUCGACGUUCCUGGAGUGCUCGACGCCUGCCGUCGACAACAGAAGCAUGGUGGGCCAGGAGAUGCAAGUCAUCCUAACUAUAGACGGCAAGGAAGUUCCUUUCAUUCCAUCCGCCAUUCCGAGCUCCAAUUUCAUGUACAAGCCGGAUCCCGUCAUCGAUGACAUAAAACCCAAGAGGGCUACUUUCAGUCGGAACUUCUCCGUUGAAGUGACAGGCUCACAUCUGGACAGCGUUGCUCUGCCAGUCAUCAUCACUCAAGUGACCUCUCUGAGCCAAGAGCAGACAGAGUACAUAAGAAAGGAAUGUCGCGUUCUGGAGGGAGGCUCCAAGAUGCUGUGCCCUGGCACUUCCCUUAUGGAUUCAUCUGUUAUGAACCCGAGUGAUUUGAAAGCAUUGAACGACUCUGUUCCUGUGCGGAUCAGCUUCCAAAUGGAUGGACUGACUCUUCCACUGGCCGCAAGUGGCGACAAUGGACAUUUCACGUUUACCUACCAACCGGAGCCACAGUUCGAGCGAUUUCCUGAAGUGGAACGUGCCAUCGACCCCAGCGAACCUACAAUUAGGAUCACGGGACACCACUUCGAACUUUUUAUGGACCAUGAGGUGGUAUUGGUCCGUGUCAAUGGCUUGGACGACGCCUGCAAUCUCACCAAUGUGAGCUCUCGCUCAAUUGUUUGUAAGGUGAAGCCUGGCAUUCUGGAACAAGGUUCAUCUUUGGCGUUAGAGGUGGUGUAUGCGGGACAGAGCUACCCGGUUGGUGCCGUUAAGCUGGUGGCAGCUGAGCAGCCAGAUCCUCACGUUGAGGUCAUCGCUGGCUCAGCGGUGGCCGCCGUGCUCGCAGUGGUGCUUGCAGGCGUGGUGGUGUUCUUGUGCGGUCGCCGCCGCCGUCGUCAACGAGGCAAAGGCACUUGGCACACCGACUGCGUCGUUAGCCUCGAGAAGCGUCACAAUAAGAGUGACUCUUCGGUCAACACAUCAAAUCGCUACGUUCGAGAGGGAAACGCUGACGUCCAACAAGCACUCAUGGAAGUCCCACUUGACAUCGACGAAGCAACCAUAGCUAUGCUUGAAAGAGAUAACUUACUGAUUCAUCGAGGCCUGCUUCAUCUGGGCCCUGUUAUCGGUCAAGGUCACUUCGGUUGCGUCUACCUUGGUACUAUGAAGCUGGAAGGCAAAGGUCAAGUUCAACCAGUAGCCGUGAAAACUCUGCAUAACAGUUCUCGCGGUGGCGAGGUUGACUGCAUGGCGUUCUUGGAGGAAGCACUCAUCAUGAAAGACUUUCACCAUGUGAAUGUUCUACCGCUCAUUGGGCUGAGCAUCGACAAGGCUGAUGGUCUCAUGGUCAUCAUACCCUACAUGAAAUACGGCGACCUGCUGUCCUACAUACGGGACGAGAGAAAUACGCCAACAGUAAAGCAACUGAUAACAUUCGGAGUCCACGUGGCCCAAGGCAUGAAGUACCUGGCCGACACAAAGUUCGUGCAUAGGGACCUCGCGGCUCGGAACUGCAUGCUGAGUGAAGAUUUUAUUGUCCGUGUCGCCGACUUCGGCCUCUCUCGCGACGUUUACGAGAAGGACUACUACAGCGGGGAUAACAAGAAGACUAAGCUGCCUGUCAAGUGGAUGGCGCCAGAAAGCUUGGAGAAGGGAAUCUACAAUCACAAGACUGACGUAUGGUCAUACGGCGUGCUCUUAUGGGAGCUGAUAACUCGAGGUGUGACGCCGUAUCCUGAAGUGGACAACUGGGACAUCGUAGACUUUCUCAAGCAAGGACGUCGGAUGAAACAGCCAAGCUUCUGCCCUGACGAGAUGUACGCCAUUAUGCUCAGGUGCUGGCAGGACGACCAUAAAAAGAGACCUUCGUUCGCGAAGCUAGUCACGGACAUCACCAAUAUCCUCGCUAGCCUCGAGAAGAAAAAGAGGAAUAAGCGGCUUGGUUUGAAUGUCACCUACAUUAACUGUCCGCGCCCUGAUCCGACCGACGAGGCCGGACCAUCUACAGAAUCUCACCCUGUAUAGGCCUCGUCACACAAACAUCCGUCGCGGUUGUCUAGUGGUUAUGGUGCUUGACUGCUGACCCGAUGGUCGCGGGAUCGAAUCCCGGCCAUGACGGCCGCAUUUAGAUGGAGGCGGAAUGCUGGAGGUCCGUGUACUUAGAUGUAGGUGCACGUUAAAGCACCCCAGAUGGUAGGAAUUCCCGGAGCCCUCCACUAAGGCGUCCCUCAUAAUCACAUCGUAUUUUUCGGACGUAAACCUUAACAAGUAUUAUUAUUAUAGUCGUGAU